UUGUGGGAAAAGAAAUUGUCCUGCAGAUCCUAAACUGCGUUCGAAAAUAAGCCAAAUGCCCAUGCCCCAAAAGUCACUUGUUGGGAAACCAAAGUCUCCACGAAAGUCCAAGUUCUCCCAGGUUAAUGUUAUGAAGGUGAAGAAGACGAAGACUCCAUUCAAACACUGCAUUUAUACUCGAAGUUUAACAAACAGAUUGGCUAAACGCAUCGCUAAUCACACACCACUUCAUGUCUUCAAGUUAAAGGGUCAGCUCUUCAAAGCAGUGGAAGAUGGAGAUGUGGUAAAAGUGCAGGAAUUAAUACAAGAUACAGGAGCAGCUGUGAGGAAAAACAAGAGCAGAUGCACACUCCUUCACACUGCAGCGUCUCACAACCAAGCGGAUGUGGUGAUGUUUCUGCUGAAAUUGAUCAGUCCCAAUAUUACCAACGAGGAGGGACAGACUCCAGCUCACGUGGCCGCUGAAAAGGGUCACACGCAAGUGCUGAAACUUUUAAUGAGUGACUCUGACUUCGAUGCCGACAAACGGGAUAAUUGCCACAACACAGUAAAAACCUGGUAA